AUGGAAGAUCCAGUUGCGGAAAUCUCAACUGUCGUUCAUCUCCUCACGCAAUCCCCACCUUCCGUCCAAGGGGAAACAGUUGACCGCUUCUUCACUCGCGAUGCAGAGUCUAUCCAUCCAUUCUGCCGCAUCUGGAAGUACAAUGGUAGCCGAUGGGGCGUAAAGAAAAUAUACCAAUGGUACAAGAUCAUGUCGCCACAUAUAGACCUAGAAGUCCGCUCUAUUGCAUACGAUAAAGACAAGCUCAAACUCUACCUCUCUAUGCACCAAGUAUUUUCCAUCUGGAUCGUUCCGUUUCACACUGCACCUGUAGCACUAGUGACGGUUCUGGAUCUCGCUACAGAUCCAGGUGAUGAAAGACAAGAAAGCGCAGGCGGCAAGAAGCAGUAUUAUAUCCGGAAGCAGGAGGAUUUCUACCAAACGUCAGAGUUUAUCAAGUUUGUGGUGCCAUAUGGAGGGCAUAUGCUUGUUAUGAUGUGGCAUGCAUUUGCCAGUCUGUUUUCUAUAAUGGGCGUCUUCUUAUUAUGGCCGGUCAUGUGGGCAGAGGAGAGGGGGUUUUUUGACCACCAUUAUCGCAUCGCGAACGGUGCAAGGGAGGGAGUUGUUGGUGCGUUGAACAAUCAUGUAUCGAAUUUGAAGAAUAUAUGAGCUGGGGGCUCGAGUAGGUUUUAAAUAAUUCAUAUUUGGCAUAAGUCUAUGGUAUGUCAUACAGGGUUCAUUACAUAUUGAAGAAGUCAGAUCAUAAGGGGACUUCUCAAAAGCCUUGAUUCAUCCAGCUUGGUCGAUAUCGUUCGAAGUAUCUCCUAUCUAGGAGUCUAGGAGUCUCGGCAGUUUAGGUUGCGUACUGCUUCCUUAGGGCAUUGCGGAAAGCUUCCUCUUGCUUUACAACUUGCGCUGGUAGACCUCUCCCGAUGCCGAACAAGACAAAAGGUGCCCAUUUCCACCUAAAGGGAUUGACAAGAAUGACAAAGACAAACCAAUAGAUCAGCUCGGCAUAGGUAAAGAAGUCGAAUGCUCCAACUGGAGAUAGGCGUUUCAUAAAGCGGGUGAAGUCAAUCCAGGUCUUCAUGCGGCCCUCGGUAGGGCGCGACAAGGGGUCAACAAGGAACAUGAGUAAAAACCGAGUAUAGAUGCCGAUAUGCAUAUUACCAACAGUGCCGAUUGCGUUGACAUAUGUACUGUUGUUGGCGCAAAUGCUGGGGUACGACGGAGGGAAAACUUGAAGGUACCAACUAGGCGGGCCGUAUGGCUCCUCAAACGCAUCUUCAGGAAGGAAAGCAAGCGAAGGACGCUUGAAGCCAGUUGCCUGGAUGAUCACAUCGCCUGGAAUCACGGUUUCGCGGCCAGGACCGCCUUGCGGAACACCCUUGCUACGCUUGUUGAAUAAGAUGCCUUCUUCCUUGACAGAGAGGAUGUCACCACGCAACCAGCGCGCCUUCCCUUCACGAAUUUGGUCAAAUAGCUCGCUGUUCGCCAUUGGGGUCUGAGUGUACAGACCGCCGGAAGGGGCGAUAUCCUGCAGGUCGCGGUAGAAGAAUUUGUGAAGUAAACUUUCGGGAAUCCAUGAUAGGAAUGUCUCCUGCCCGAAAAUGUUCAGUGCCAGAAGGGAUUGGACCCAAACGUUCCUCGGAAUAAUCCAUUUGUCGGAACGUGAUAGAACGUCAAUCUCAGAGGCACCAGACUUCACAGCGAAUUCCAGAGCCUCGAUCGCACUUGCGCCACC